AUGUUGUUUUUUAUUUUUAUUCUUCUCAGACAUAUAUUAUGCAGCCAAACAGCUAUUCUUCAAUGUGAUUUUGAAACAAUUUGUAAUGAUUUUGACGUUGAUAGUAAUUGGGGUUUAACUGAUGGUCUUCAUCCUCAUUCUAUCAAUCACGAUCAUACAUUGAAUAACAAUUCCGGUCAUUAUUUAUUCUAUAAUCCGAAAAUUCCACCACCAUUUUAUACUCUAAAUGCUGAAAUAAAAACAAAACAAUGGUUACAAUUAUCAACAGAUCGAGCUGUAUGUUUUCGAAUGUGGUAUUAUACUCCUCGUUUCAGUCUUCCAUUUACUAUCCAAUUAGUACAGGGUGAUGAUGAACAACUUACAAGAAUUAUAGGUUCUAUUCAUGGUAAAGAUCCAUCAAUUAAUGAUUGGACAUUGAUUAAUGUAACAUUGCCAGCUGAGAAAAUCAAAUUAUUUAUUCGAUUAAAUACUUCAGCUGUACCUCUGGCAUUUGAUGAUAUUUCUAUUGACUAUUGUAAUGGACCACGUCCUUUACCUCCAAAAAUCUUAUUUACAUGUGAUUUUGAAUCAACUUGUGUCGAUAAUAUCAUCUCAUUACCACAUUAUCCAUAUCAAUGGUCGAUUAUAAAAGCAAGUGACGCUGCUAAAAUCGAAAGUGGAGCACCUUCUGUAGAUUUUACAUUUGGUAAUCAAUCAGGACAUUAUACAUUUGUACCUAAUUCAAAGAUAAUAGAAAAAGGAAAUGUUGGAUAUCUUGCUCUACAAGCAUCAUUCAAUAUCACAGUUAAUGCAUCUUUUUGUUUAAAUUUUGAAUAUUAUGGAUAUGGUCGCUCGUAUGUCAGCAAUUUGAAAGUAUAUGCAUGGAUGUCAGAUUCGUCUAAGACUAUACAAAAACUAUGGCCACCAAAUUAUACAGAAUAUAUAUAUACAAGUAAUAGUUGGACUUGGAGUAUUAUGAAUUUACCUGUUGGUUAUUAUUCACUAUUGUUUCGUGUGGAUAGUACCGAUACUAUUGCACAUUCAUUUGCUCUCGAUAACAUUUCCAUAACAUCGUGUGAUUAUCCUCCUUCAACAUUUACUGUCAAUGAUGCACUCCUUUCUUUUUCAUGUAAUUUUGACAAUUUGACAAUGUGUGAUAUGAAGAAUGAAGAUCGAUACAGUGACCCUCCUAAAUAUAAUUUCACUGUUGUCACUGGUGAUUCUAUUCCUGAUCGAGAAUUAGGUCCAAUGCGAGAUCAUACGAGUAAUUCAACAUCAGGUGGUUUUAUCUAUUGGGAUCGACAUUUACCUUUUCAGAGUGGAGAUUCUGGAAGCAUUCAUCCUUCGAAAGUAGUAGAAGCAAAUUUAGGUAUGUGUAUUCGAUUUGCUUAUUAUGUUAAGUCAUCAGCAGAAAACAAGAAUGGAACUACAGUGAGUUUAUGGACAGGUGGAUGUGAUAGUUCAAGUUUAUGGACUCACUCUUUGGAUGAUAGUCAUGGGUGGCAGCUAGUCAUUGCACCUGUACCGAACAUUGUCUGCCAAGUGACGCUUUAUUUCAUUGCAUAUCAACAUCUAACAAUACCAGUCGCAGUUGCAUUUGAUGAUAUUGAUAUAGGACCAUGUGAUACUCUCUAUCCAACUACUACAACUAGUUCGACAUCAACAACGACUACUACUAUUACUAGCACUACUACUGAGGUCAUAACAACUAGCAGGAGUUCGACAGAAACAACAACAGUAUUGACAUCGUCAACAACAUCAACCAUAUAUAUAAUAACAUCAACAGAAAGUAAUGCUCGACGACUAUUAUCUUUGAAUGAAUUUAAUUUGAUCGCAAUUUAUUUUCUGUUAAAAUUACUGCGAGAAAUCUUUUAA